AAUAAUUGAGGUUUUAGUUGUCUGCACUCUGAAGACUUUGUACUUCCCCAACUGAUUGGUAGUACUCCCCUCUCUCUUUUAAUCACUCACUCUGUCUCUCUCUCUCUCUCUUCUCUCUCUCUCUCCUGAUCAGAGCCGAGAAGGUAAGGGAACCGUGGAUGGGAAGAAUGAGAAAUGAGGAAGGAGAUGUUGUCUGUGAUACCUAUACAUGGAAAAUUCCCAACUUGUCCAAGCUCAAAAGCGACGAGCAUUCCUCUGACGUUUUCAUCGUCGGUGAUAUCAAAUGGAGGAUCCUUAUACGUCCAACAUGGAUAUACGAUGCAAAUCCUGAACUCGAAGACCAGUUAUCCAUGUAUUUGCGUGUUGAAGAUACUUCAACAUUGCCACCCGGAUGGACUAGAUGUGCAAAUUUUUGCUUGACUCUGGUUAAUCAACAUGACAGCACCAUGUCAAUAACCAAGUCUACAAACGGCAAUCUAAAAGAGUUCAAAGAAGACAAGAGUAAGUUUGGCUUCAAAUCAUUCAUGCCUCUUCGGGAACUCUAUAACUCCGGUGCAGGUUUUCUAGUAAAUGAUAUUUGCAUUGUUCAAGCCAAGAUCAAUGUCCCAGUUAAAAUUGGCAGCCAAGAAACUAAUGUUUCCGCAACUAUGGAGUCAUCAAAGAAAGAACUUAAGGGGCAGGAAUCACCGAGGAAUUCUGAACUCCAAAACACACCAGGUUUUCAACAAGCUUGCACUGAGGCUACUGAUGAUAGCCCUUCUGACCCUUCCUUAGCCAAGGUACUCAGGGAAGUCCCCACCACCCCAACGGGCGACCUUAUGGAUUUUAGGGGUUUAGGACGAAUAGAGAGAGCUUUUGUUCCAUGGCUAGAAGAAGUCUGCUCAUCGAAUCCUUCCUUGAUUGACUGUAUGCUCAAAAGAACUCCGAUGUUUGUUGAAUGCGCAUUCACAGCUUUGGGUCGUGUGCUGCAUUUUCUAAAGACAACAAAGGUUAAGGAUAUGACACGGGAUGCUUGUGACCGCCUUCAACUUUUCUGGGAGGAGCUCGAAGCCUUUAGAUUUGACUUAGCAUGGCUGGAGCCACAUGUUCAUACCGCAUUUGGUAUGAACAAGUUUCUACAAAGAACGGGGAGACUGAAAAGGCUGAGAGAAGACGUAGACGUUUUGGAGGAUGAACUUAAAAGGCGGAGGGCAGCAGUAGCUGUUACAAAGGUUGAUCUUGCGGUAGCCAAAAAAAACUUGGGUAAGGCGGAACAAGAAUUCAAUGGGAUAGACAUGGAUGGUGAGCUAGGUUAUGGAAUUGGUUAGCCUUGUUGUAUAAUAUCUCUGUGGGUUUAGAUCUUACCUUACUUGCAUGACUUCGGAAUCUUGAAAUUUAAUAAAAAUAAUGCUUUAGCUUGUUUUAA